GGUGUUGUGCACAAUUGUUGACAUUUGCACACGCACACACGCAGCAUAGAGACACUGAAUCCGAGACUGCCGCGGUGCACAGGACGCUUUUGCAGGUGUCGUUGUCGGUUGAGUGGUGGUACAAAAGCAACCCACGUCCGCUUGCUACGAAAGAGACGGCGUUUUGACGACAACGUUUACAUUGCCCACAAUCACGAAGAUUCCGCAUUUGAUGCGUACAUGAACUCUCGAGCUCUUGGAUAAUUAAUCAUACUUCCAUCUUCCACGUUUAUACGCAGAUCCCUCAAAUUCUUCCCCCGCGAUCUCGAACCUCCUCUAUACGAUCACCUUCCCUCACCAAUGCUACGCGGACAUGGCUAAGAUGGGUCCAAUUCCUCCCAGCCAGGAUGGUGUGCCUGCCCCGCUUGCCGACUUCUUCUUUAUUGCUGGCAUUGAGUCCAGUGCCGUGGUCGAUGAGAGCCAGAUACCCAAUGGGACGACCCCACAAGCUCCCGAGCCCACGAUCGAGGCGAUCGCUGAAGACUCCGCGUUGGAAUCCGAGGGUGAGGAAGAGCAUAAACGGCAGUCCGGAGAACAGUUGCUGAAUGGCGAUGCACCCGCGCAACGGAACCGAUUCAGCUACGAGAUAAGGAAGUCGAUCACGAGCUUAUCCGGGCUGGAGAAGACGACGACAACGUCAAGCAACAGAAGCAGUGCCACGAUUCGGCCAGCUCCCUCUCCAAUCGGUGGAUCGGGCCUCUCCGAUGAAGACUUCGAGCAUGCCCUGCGCAGGUUCGCUGCCGAGCGAGAUACGUUUUUAGAAGAGAUCCAAUUCACCGCCGGAGCGGUCGCGCCACAACCGACGACGAAACCCAAACCGCGACCGAAGACACAGAGAAUCAUAAGUGAAGAUGCUCCUGGAGGGGUGCGAUCGAGUGUCGGGACUUUGAGGAGGCGUAUCUCAACUAUGAGUAGUCUGAAGCGGCAGCCAUCAACGGCAAGGCAAGCGUCCAUCCGAACGGCCAAACGUCUUAGCGGAUAUAACUCGGUCAUUCCGACCCCACAGCCUUUCAAGACGAGCCCUGAUAUGCAUCCUCUCAAGCGGAGGUACGAACCCGUCCUGCUCGACCGAUAUCCGCCGAAGAGCAUGGUUGAUGAGCUCAAGAGGCGCCCCCAAUUUCCCGAUUACGUCCCAAUGUUCACCUUUCCAAACGACAUAAGCGUGGUUUCGGCGGACGAGAGACCUCGGUCCACGUGGCACGGCUACGUGAUGACCAGUGGGGACAACUCCAAGGUCUAUGGCAUCUGCGUGAUUAUCUGGAUGCCGCUCAAUCCGAAGACGGCAGAGGCGCUGGAGCGACAAUGUGAGGAAUGGCGAAAGGCGAACAUGACCGCGGAGGAGCGAGAGCUGGCGAGCAGCCUUGGUGAGAGACUCGCCGUGGAGCGCGCGAAGCUGUCAAGUUUGCUCGCGCGUCUGCCAAACAUGCCAUCGGGAUCAUUCGAGCGUGAACAUCUCGAAGACCAGAUCAGCGCGGUGGAAGAGCGCAUCGGCCUCAUGACGGAUCUCCUCCGGCCAGUGCGUCACGGAGCCGCAUCCAAAAUCGAAGGUUUAACGGAUGGCGAAACCGGACUAUGGAUCCCGCGCGCUUAUGGAGUGCUCGGUCGCGAUAUGAAUUUGACGAGCUUCUGGAAAGAAUGGCUGAAAGCAGUCGUCGUUCCCAUGACGAACGGCGCAAUCUUGCGUGUACCACCAAGCUCUCCGAAGAUCGGCAUGUGGCAGCCUCUAGAACGCUACGUGAUCAACUUGUGUGUGGAAGCGCUUAGCCCGCUUUCGUCGAAGACGCAGGUGGAGGUGUCGAUUCGAGAAUUGCGAUUGUAUGCGCGCAAGGAGGCACACAACGAGCUGCCUGGGGCGCGGAACACCGAUCUGUACGCGCUCUUCCGCUGUCUCUCCGUCGCCAAUGUGGUCACGCUCAUGGAAUACGCGUUGAUGGAAUCGCGGAUCAUCCUUUUGUCCUCGCACACCUCGAUGCUGCAUCUUGCCAGCGCAGCCAUCUGCUCGCUGCUAUACCCGAUGAAAUGGUGCGGAAUCUUCAUUCCCGUUCUCCCAUCGCGACUCAUCCAGGCCCUGGAUGCACCCUGUCCAUACAUCGUGGGCAUUGAGCGCCGGUACGAGUCGGUGGAGCUUCCUGACGAUGACUUUGUGCUGGUGGACUUGGAUUCCGACCUGAUCGAAAGCACUGCGCCACCGACGACCUUGCCUCGUCAGCACCGACGGAAGCUCGUGUCACUGUUGCAGCUCUCGGCACGUCAUCACAUCCAAUUCGGUGUUCCGACUGGUCCUCCGGCAUAUGCUGUGGAAUCGCUCCCUCACAAUUCCUUCUCCUCCGAAAACCCCACAAUCUUCAGCAAUCGACCCACCACCUCAACUUUAGCCACCCUCGUGGCCGUGAACUCCGCCACCUACGGCGACGCGACAGGUUCGACCGGCAUCCGACCCCCCAUCUACAAUGGUUUCCUCCAGGCCCGCAACGACCAGAGCAGAGGCUCGGAGCGUCCCACCACUUCGUCCACGAUGGGCAAGGCCCCAUCCCCCCCCUCCCCCAAGAUCUCCCCCGUCUCCACCCACUUCCCACCCAUUCCUAGCACGCCCAUUUCUCGGAGCGAUUCCGGCUAUGCGCUGCAAGCCACCCUGCGCGAAAAGCGCUCCGGACACUUUGACGGAUCGUCGCGUCGCAGCUCUUCUGUAGGUUUCCUCCCGCUCCGUCGACGCCUUUUCAGCAGGUCGAGGCUCGCACCCCAGCACGCGUCUCAUACGUCUCACACGUCUCAACAGUUCGGCGUCGAUGGCGCUCCUCCGUUCCGCCGACCGAGCCAGCCGUUCCUUGGCCAUACUCCCAGUUCCUCGUCGUCCAACCUCAUGCACGAGUUCCGCGCCCCGUCGUCGUAUGCUCCGUCCGUGUAUGCGCAGUCCACCCUGGCGGCGUCCACGAUCAUGCCGGGCGUUUUGGUCCAACCGGUGAGGAAUACAGAGACGACGCAAUGGGUCGAAGGGCAUUGUUUGCAGUGGCGACCGUACGAUGACAGGACGACAUGCACCAUAUGUGCCGAGAGGUCAGACGAAGGGAUUUAUGUCUGCUCAGGCUGUGGUCUCUCUGCACAUUCUCGAUGCACCCUGCAGGUCUGCCUCGUCUGCCCCCGAGCAUUCAAGCCAGACCAUGUGAGAACCGCAUUUGUUCGUUGCUUUGCGAGCCUCUUCUAUACAUAUCGACGUUCCUUAGCACCGGCAACGGGAGACGUGAAGCGAUCAGGCAUGCUGUAUAAGUUCAACAUGGAGGGCUACAUUCGGAACUUGCCUCAUGAUAUUGCGGACUAUAUGCAACUGCUCAGGGAUACGCAACUCUUCAAUGAGUUCCUCCACGAGCGAGAAAUGACGCCGGCAAAUGACCCGUCAAUCAAGCUAUUUGACCAGAUCAUUAUGGCUAAGAAGAACCGAGGACGGACGUCUCUGUUCUCUAAAUCUUCCACCGACUUCCUCAACGACACAUCCGAUCAUCUGUGGAGGUCUGCAGCCGCAAUGCCUCCCACUUCCCGAGUUCCAGGGGACUAUCGCCAGAUUGUCAGCCGAAGUAAGUUUGAGACCGUCUCUGUCCAACACCCAUGGCAAAGUCUCGGUAUUAAUUGUCCUGUAGUCCCUGCGAAACUUGACCCUACUCUAAUGAAAGAACCGCGCGUCAUUCAGGGGGCUCCUCGCUUUUCCCAAUCGCGCACCACUACGACUCGACGUAAGCCCAUUCCGUCGAUGCUCGGACCGGGUCUGCCUCCCCAUCCUCCGCCGAAGUGAUGAACCGCUAUGUAGGGAGCCUUGUCUUCAGACGAAGUAAACGAUUGCUCGACCACUCUCAUCUCGCCUUUUCCGC